GGCAAUCCUUUAAUUUCAGCAAUAUUUGAAAUACAUUAAUCUACAAUUUCCAGAAAAUUUAGAGAUUUAUUUUUCAAUUUAUGAUCUGAUAACAAUUUAACCUCUGUUUGAUUUUAUAGAUUUUUAAUCAAUAUUUUAGUUCAUUGAACUUUAGUAAAAUUAAGAAUCAUAUUCUGAGGGAAAAUUUAAUGUUUAUAAAUAAAAUCCAAGCUUGAUUAUAAAUCUUUCCUGCCAAAUAUUAUAAUGCUUGAUAUCUUUAUUCCUGAUAAUGUUGUACCAUUUAAUUAAGAAAAUUAUAUACAAUUGGAUAUUUUGCUCUAGAAACUUUUACUAUGCCUCUACUUUAUCCAUAUAUAUAAAACCUCAAUUAAUUAUUAAGUGUGAGAAAUCCUUUUAUAACAUUUGCCUAGAUAUACUUAAAUUAAAAAAAUUGAUGUCUUUUUAAGGUUUAUAACAAGCCUUAAUUCUAAAUGGUUGGGAUAUGACAUUUAAGACUCUAUUGUAUAUGCGAAACAUUUCAACUAUUAAUUGCUUAGACAUUAUACAACUUAUUAUGGCAAGCAUAAUUCUUAUUCUUUAUUUUACCAUAUUACUAGAUGGUUUCAAGUCUAAAUAAAAAGUAUAAAAGAUGAAAAGGUUUCAAAUUUUAAAUUUCGGAACAUAAUUUUUCUUUUUAUUCUUCUUGAUUAAUAUUUAAAGAUCCCAAAUAUUACAAUUAGGAUUACUCCUAUUGACAUGUAUCUUUUAGAUUAGCUUUUUAUUUAUCUAUAGACAUAUUUAGCAUAAAAAUAAAUACAUUGUUAAGAUGGUAGUGGAGAUUUCAGUACUGACUUUUAUGCUCAAUUCAUUCUUAUACGUCAAAGAGUGUGAUGAAUAUUUUAAUGAACAGAAAAAAAUAAUAUUAGGAUGGAUUCAUAUAAGCAUUCUAUCUUCUGGUCUAAUUUCAGAAGUAAUUUUUAUUCUCAAAGAUUCAUAUGUAAAAUGGAAACAAUUAUACAAAAGAAAAAAGCCAGAAUGUGCCAGAAAUCCAUUAUUUAUAUGA